AUGGAAAGUUCUCCUAGCAUUCCAUCACACAUAAAAGCUUGGGUUUACUUUGAAUAUGGAAACACAGAAGAGAUUCUAAUCUUAGAAUCUAACAUACCUAUACCAGACACCAAGGAAGAUCAAGUCCUCAUCAAGGUUGUGGCUGCAGCUCUUAAUCCUAUAGAUUAUAAGAGGGCUCUUGGCUCCUUCAAGAGCAUUGAUUCUCCCUUACCUACAGUUCCGGGGUAUGAUGUUGCUGGUGUGGUGGUGAGAGUGGGAAGUCAAGUGAAAAAAUUCAAGGUUGGUGAUGAGGUUUAUGGUGACAUCAAUCAGGAUCCUCUGAACAAUCCAAAAACUAUUGGAUCUUUGGCAGAGUAUACUGCUGUUGAAGAAAAAGUAUUGGCUCACAAACCCUCCAAUUUGAACUUUAUUGAAGCUGCUGCCCUUCCUUUAGCCAUCAUCACUGCUUAUCAAGGACUUGAAAGGGUUGAGUUUUCUGCUGGCAAAUCUAUACUUGUUCUUGGAGGUGCUGGUGGAGUUGGAUCCCUUGUUAUUCAGGUAGCCAAGCACGUUUUUAAGGCAUCAAAGGUUGCAGCCACAGCCAGUACUGCAAAACUAGAUUUGUUAAGGGACUUGGGAGCAGACUUAGCUAUUGAUUACACAAAGGAGAAUGUUGCAGAGUUGGAAGAAAAGUUUGAUGUAGUGUAUGAUACUGUAGGACAUAGUGAGAUUGAGGGAGCAUUGAAGGCUGUUAAAGAAAGUGGCAAAGUUGUGACAAUAGCAGCAUAUGGAAAUCCUGAAGCUAUCUUCUUAAGACGCAUUUCAGAUGGUAGUGUGUUGGAGAAACUGCAUCCUUACUUAGAGAGUGGGAAGGUGAAGCCAUUACUGGAUCCUAAGAGUCCCUUUUUGUUUUCUCAGACUGUGGAGGCAUUUGCACACUUGAAGACUAAUAGAGCCAUUGGAAAAAGACAGAAGAUUUCAAAGGAUAGAGAACUUGAAGUAUUUGCAGAAAAUUUGAAAGCGUAUGAGCAAAGGUUACCCUACAAGCCAUAA